CCGAUGGCGCGAGGUCGCGAACAGGAACAGCCUCGUUCUGUCCAAGUCCAACUCCAACGAGGCAACGACUCGUCAGUGGUCAGUACACUACACCGUAACCGUCGCCGGAAUCGAUCGACCCAAAGCUCCCUUUAGAGCCCGAGCUCUAUCCAACCCACGAACGGGAUCCCGAUGCCCGUGGCGGCCUCGGUUCUCGCCGCAGCGGCGGUCUCGCCCCCGCUGACGUGGCGGAGAUGGACUCCUCUUCUCGCCGCGUCACAUCCACAGGCGAACCCGCCUCCCGCACUGCGCCCGCGGGCGCCCGCUCCUCCUCUCCGGGCCUCCUCCGUUCCCCGCGAUUCCUGCGCCGGAGCCGCCGUCCGGAGGACGCCGUGUGCGGCGGCGGCGGCACUUGGUGGAUGUGUGAAGGCGGAGUCCACGGAGCGGGAGGCGCUCGAUCGGGAUGCUCUGAAGCGGGUGGCGCUACUCGCGCUUGGCUGCUGCGCUGCAGCCGCCGCGCUCGGCUGCGGCGCUGCAGCCGCCGCGCUCGGCUGCGGCGCGGCGCGGGCAGCGGCGGAGGACUCCAUCAAGGCGUCAGGAUUCGGGCUGCGGGUGGCGGAGUCGCUGCGGAGGCUCGGAUGGCCCGACGACACCGUCGUGUUCGCGCUCGCGACGCUGCCGGUGAUCGAGCUGCGGGGGGCGAUCCCCGUUGGGUAUUGGCUGCGGCUCCAUCCAGUCCGCCUCACCAUCCUAUCCGUUCUUGGGAACAUGGUGCCUGUACCAUUCAUCAUCCUCUACCUGAAGAAACUCGCAACGUUUCUGUCUCAGAACAGCGCGUCCGCGACUCGAAUUAUGGACCUCCUCUUUGAGCGGGCACGGCGCAAGGCUGCUCCUGUUGAGGAAUUCCAGUGGCUCGGCUUGAUGCUGUUCGUUGCCGUUCCAUUCCCAGGCACGGGAGCGUGGACAGGGGCCUUCAUUGCAUCUGUACUAGGCAUGCCGUUCUGGUCAGGUUUUACAGCAAAUUUCGUGGGAGUCGUCCUUGCAGGGCUGCUGGUGAACUUGCUCAUGAAUCUUGGCCUGAAAUACGCGAUCGUCACUGGAGUAGUUUUGUUCUUUGUCUCAACCGUCAUGUGGAGUGUUCUUCGUUCCCUUAAGAAGUCCGUUAAUGUCAAGUGAUCUAGUAGUCUUUAUCAAACUGUUCCUAAUCCCUUCAGAGUUCAGCCUUGCGUAGGAAGCUUAGUUGUGUAAUUUUAAGUGGAACUUUCAGCUUCCAAGUGGAUUUACAAGAGAGAG